AUGUUGAUUUUAGGUAAUGCUUCAACGAGGUUGUUAUUUCGAUGCAAUAGAUUUCAUUAUAGUACACUUUUAAAAACUAAGAAAAAAUCCCUUCUUUCCAGCAAACCAGUCAAGGAUAAACAUCCAACUUCACCUGUGAGAACUAGAUUUGCUCCUUCUCCUACUGGCUUUAUGCACCUGGGGUCUUUAAGAACAGCCUUAUAUAACUAUUUGUUGGCUAAAAGUACUGGCGGUCAAUUUUUGUUAAGAUUAGAGGACACAGAUCAAAAGAGAUUAGUGGAAGGAGCAGAAGAGGAUAUCUACGAAACUUUGAAAUGGUGUGGUAUCGAAUAUGAUGAAGGUCCUAAUGUUAAUUCUGAAGCUUAUGGCCCAUUUAGACAAAGUGAGCGUACAAAGAUCUAUGCAAAACAUAUUAAGGUGUUGUUAGAAAAUGGCGAUGCGUAUAAGUGUUUUUGUACAAAGGAACGUUUAGAUGAAAUGAAGGAAUCGGCCCAGAAACUAAACCCACCUUCUUCUGCAAGUUACGACAGACAUUGCUUACAUUUAAACGAAGAAGAAAUUAAACAGAAAGAGUUACUCAACUCUCCAUACACCAUUAGAUUGAAAUCACCAGAAAAAUACCCAGAAUUCGAGGACUUAUUACAUGGGAAACUGUCCAUUCAAAUACAAUACAACCCACAUAAGAAAACUUAUGAUGAUCCAAUAUUAAUUAAAUCAGACGGUUUACCUACCUACCAUUUUGCUAAUGUAGUGGAUGACCAUCUUAUGAAAAUAACCCAUGUAAUCAGAGGAGAAGAAUGGUUACCUUCUACGCCCAAACAUAUCUCUAUGUAUAAUGCACUUGGCUGGCAGGCUCCAAAAUAUAUUCACAUUCCUUUGCUGACUAGUAUCAAUGAUAAGAAAUUAAGUAAAAGAAAGGGUGAUUCAUCAAUACUGUCAAUGAAAAAGAAUGGUGUCUUACCUGAAGCAUUAUUAAACUUUUCGGUACUUUUUGGUUGGUCUCCACCUAGAAAACUAUCUGAGCAAAACCAUGAAUGUUUUACCAAGGAAGAAUUCAUCAAGUAUUUUAACUUAAACUAUUUAACCAAAGGUAAUGCCAAAGUUGAUGACAAAAAAUUAUGGUACUUCAAUAAACAUUAUUUAAAAAAGAGGUUAGAAGACAAUGUGACUUUUCAAGAGAUAGAAAAAGAGAUCUUGUCCAGUGCUCAACAAGAAUUCACUGCUGAUAUUGCCACUCCAGAAAAGAUUAAUCAUAUCUUGAAGCAAUGCGGGUCGUCAUUAACCAGCGUCAAUGAAUUCAAUAAGAAGUUUUAUUAUUUUUUCAAAACACCUGAAUACACAGAAGAUGAAGCUAAUAUUGCAGCAUUUUUAACAAACCAGGAUAAAAGGACAACAUUGGAAGUGCUAACUGCUGUUAAAGAUGACCAGAUUACAACAGAAAACCUUAAUGAGAAAGUCUCAAAUUUAGCUGAGAAAUUGAACUUACCAAUAAAAAAGGUAUUUCAAUCUUUGAGAUUUGCUCUUGCUGGCUCACAUCCUGGUGCAAAAUUACCAAUCUUGAUUGGCAUAAUAGGUCCUAAACAGACAAUGGAAAGAAUAGACAAUGCAAUUGUGUUUUUAAAGCAAGUCCAAGAUGACACUCCCAUUGGAAAAAAACAUGGAGCACAAUGCUUAUAG